UUUUGACCUCGUCGCGCGAGGUUUGUAUUUGUGUUUACGUCUCGUCUCGUCGACCGACGGACGACGUGCGGUGUGUGCCGAACAUGGCCGUCCAGUUUCGCGGGAGAGUGAGUGCGAGGCCAUCAGCAGCCGAAGAACGCUCGAGAGAGCGAGAGUGCACGAGAUAGGUAUCUGUCUUCGUGGAAGUCGUGUGGAUUUCAGCCAGCCACAGCAGUGAGUCGCGCAGUCAGUCACAGAAACGGGAGAAGGAAAAAAAUACUAAACGUAAAGUGACGGAAAAUUGUGUACUUCUGGUCGAAAAUUGGCCAUUUUUCUGGGAAAAUCUAGUGAUUCCAGUACCUGUGAAGAAUCCUGGGAGUGUGAUUUGUCGGUGGAAUGGUGUUUGGGAGUGUUUUUUGAUCCGAAAAGGAGCGUAAGGAGAAGCAGCAAAAGUCGAGCUCUUUUGUGGUGGAGGAGUAGGAGUAACAAAAAUGGAACAAGAAGCAGCAGCAGCAGUACCAGCAGACGUUGAGGGUCGUUGCCGUUUAUGCUUCUCGGUGGAGGAUCUUACCUGUUCCCUGUUCCUGCCCGAAGGCGAACCCAGCCGGGAAGUGAUCGACAUGAUACUGGAGUGCACCUCGAUACGGAUAACCUUGGCGGAAGACUACCCAUCGAAAGUGUGCGAAAAAUGCUUGGAGACGUUAGACAAGUUCCACCACUAUCGGCAGCGAUGCUUGCAGAAUGAUAAAAUAUUGAAAUCUCAUCGCAGCAGCAGCAAGGCCAAACCAGCUCAGGAACAUCGCCCUCCGGUGCAAGUCAAACAGGAACCGGAACAUUUGGAUGACAUUGGAGAUGAUGUCGCAUCAGCGGUUCCGGAACCUCCCGAACCGGAUCAGCACCCGCAAGCUGUAAAACAGGAAGAUCCCGGUGGUUGUUCCUCAAUCCUCCGAAGUAUUUUGCUUCAAAGCCGCGAAUCUGGUCGGGCAGCUUCAACGGCGUCGGCGGAGCAUGAAACCGAACAAGACAAUCUCCCGGCCCAUCCCAGCGAGGAUGAAGAUCACAAAGAUCUGACUCCUAAGGAGGAACAGCCCCAACUUCCGCCCGCUCAAGCUUCCCUCUUACAGCAGAUGCUACUUCAGCAGCAGGGGUAUUCAACGCGGGAAACACACUCUCCUGCACACACCCCAGGUCCGAGUCACAUGGAGGCCUCCCCGUCCCUCUUGAAACGAAUGCUUCUGGAAGGAGGUGGCGGCGGCGGCAGUUCCCAACAGGACCGUCAAUCGCCUCUUGAAGGGCCCAGCACUCUCAAUCACAGACCUCCGACCCGAACGGAGAGUCAUCAGCAAGAACUUCCCAUCAACCAUCAUCAUCAUCAUCAUGACGAGAACCACAACGAAGAACAUUCCGAAACGCCGCUGGCGUCGCAGUUGCGUGCGAUCUUGCUACAGCAUCGAGCGGCAGCGGCCGCAGCCGUUGCUGCAGUUGCUUCCACAUCGACUACAACGGUGCCAACGACACCGACGUUCACAAACUCGACGUCGACCCACCAUGAACAACAAUCUCAGCAAUUGCAGCUCCAGCAGCAACAGCAAUCGCAACAACAACAACAGCCGCAGCAUCCACAUCAGCUGGAGAAACCGGAAGUUUCCUACCUGAGGAGUCUGUUCAUGAGGGACGACUCCGACGGAAACGAGGACAGCGAUGGGGAAGCGGCGGUGGCGGCGGCGGCCGCAGCAGCCGUAGAUCCGAACGAGCAAGCCAACCGGGACAUGUGGCUGAGCAUAUUUCAGGAGUUGCAGGCGCGGAAUGUGCAAAACUCCGAUGAUACGGACGACUCCGAGGACCGUGCCUUUGACUACAGGAUUCCUAGCGUGAGGCGGCGCAGCUCGGAAUCAACGGAGUCCCGCAAGCGCCGCCGGAUGGACUUCACCUGUCUGCUGUGUGGGCGGCCCUUCCUGAACCGGUCCAAGCUGGUGCUUCACAUGCGAACCCACAUCGCCCCGCCGGAAGCAACGCCACCGUCGUCGGCAACGACCUCAGCUGUGCCAGCAUCGCAGAACUCUAAUUCGGCUGCUGCAGCAGCAACUGCCGCCGCCCUGGCCGCUGCCAGUGGCGGGCCAGUAGCAGCUGCUGCCGCCGUAGCGGCUGCCGCCGCUGCCGCUGCGGCUGCAGUUGCAGCAGUGCCACCUGGCGAUAACGCCGCCGGCAGCGCCACCGCAGAAGACGACGAAGAAAGCCGUCAAAUCGAACUGUUAGAGCGGCGCUCGUAUGCAUGCUACAUUUGCGGAGCCGAUCAGAAUAAUCUUCAACAGCUCAAGGAACACCUGCUACUCGCUCACCAGGAUCGGAUCCGAUCCCGGGGUCGCGCCAAGGAGCGACCGAAGCCUCUCAUCAACUGCAACUUUUGCAGCCGCCAGUUCCGGAGUCAGUUCGCUUACGGAGAGCACCUCCGGACACAUACCGGCGAGCGGCCGUUUCCGUGCGAUCAGUGUGAUAAGCGGUUCCCACGGCGCUUCCAGUUGCUGGGCCAUCUCUACAACGUCCACAAGCAAUCCUGGGUGGCGGACGAAUCCAAGGCAAAGUUCGUGAAGAAAUAGCGGAACGCGGCGUUCCGCGGCGGCAUGAGAGAGAAAUAGACGAAACGCGUCGCAAGACGUGAGUAGACACUCUAAUAGAAUGAUGAUGACACAGGAAACAAUUUAGAUCUUUUGUCGGCCCCGGCGACGUCGACGGAAGACGGUAGUUUGUUGAUACAAUUCUUCCGUUUUAUUUUUUUUUUAAUUUUUUUUUGAUACAUUUAUAACGAAUAAAAAAAUUAUACCUUUUAUUAUCUGUUGAAAAGUAUAGCAUACAAUUUUAUACGAAGCAUUA